AUAAGGAGGAGCUGGGAGUCGGGAGUGGGCCAGCGGCUUCUGUGCGGGGGGGGGCAGUGCAACCAAUCCGACCGGCGGUCUGCAAGCAGAUGAGAGGAGAGCCGAGGGGGGAUCAGAAACGCCGGCUACGGAGUACAGACAGCGGGGAGCGGCGCUUAAAAGAUACCCGCUCGGGGAUAUAAGCCACGCUGCUAAGAGUGCCGGUGAAGCGAGUCAGGGGAGAAGGUAUUCCCCGGGAAGAUACAGGAGGGGGGCAAACGGGGGUGGUACAGCCAGAGUCUAAUCCAGGAAGUAAGAACCAGUCAGGUGGGACAAGCCAAGACAACGCAGGUGACACACCGGCGCAGGGAGAGAGGAUAGAGGGAUAAGACGAGAGAAAGGAAGAGAGACGAGAGAAAGGAGAGGAGACUAUCAGUUCAUCGGGGGUUUAUGGACAGGAGGUGGCGAUGUCUCCAGGAGAGGACGGCCUGAUUGGGAUCCCCUUCCCGGAGCACAGCAGCGAGCUCCUGAACCGGCUGAAUGCCCAGCGACGAGCAGGGCUCCUGUGUGACCUCACGCUGACCUCGCGUGGCUCGCGCUACCCCACCCACCGCUCCGUCAUGGCCGCCGUCAGCCUCUACUUCCGCCGGCUGUUUGGCGCGGAUGAGGCCGAGGAUGGGGGCUGCGAGGGGUCAGGCGCGGGAGUGGGCACCAGCUGCAGCGUGUGCCAGCUGGACUGCGUGGCGCCGGACGCCCUGGACGCCCUCUUGGAGUUCGCCUACACCGCCACGCUGACCAUCCGCAGCUCGGGUAUGCGCGAGGUGCUAAAGGGCGCCCAACUCCUGGGCAUCCAGUGUGUGGCCGACGCCUGCCGCGACAUCCUGGGCGAGGCCGCCGACGAGGCCGAGCCGGAGGCCGCCGCCGUGGCCACGGAGGAGAGGGGGGCGGCCGAGCACAGAGUAUCCCGUCGAAAGCGGGACCGGCGGCAUGUGCCCAAAGCCGCGUCCCCCGCCCGCUCCCUGUGGCAGCAGCAGCAGCAGCGUGUCCAGGAGCCGCCUCCCACCCUGGUGACGGGUCUCUCCCGGCCCAGCCACGGGCUCCCACUCACCCCCACACCUGGCCGGGACGAGCAUAAUCUGCACCCCCCGCACCCCGCCGGCUACAACGGCGACGCCCAGGGCAGCCAGCUGCGGGCGCUGGUCAACGGGGGGGCGCACUGGCACCAGGAGGGCACGCCGAUGCCCCCUGCCGCUGACGACGCCGUCUCGGAAAAAGAGAGAAGGCUGGAAGUGGGAGUGAUCGCUCAGGCACCCAUCACUGAGAGGGCGGCCAUGGCCGGAGGGGCUGGGGCGCCUAGCGGGAGGAAGAGGAAGUCUCAGACCCCCCAGCAGUGCCCGGUGUGCCAGAAGAUCAUCCACGGCGCGGGCAAACUGCCCCGGCACAUGAGAACACACACCGGCGAGAAGCCCUUCCAGUGCACAGCCUGUGGAGUGCGCUUCACGAGGAAUGACAAGCUGAAGAUUCACAUGCGUAAGCACACAGGCGAGCGGCCCUACCCCUGUCCCAAGUGUAAUGCCCGCUUCCUGCACUCCUACGACCUCAAGAACCACCUCUCCCUGCACAGCGGCGCGCGCCCCUUUGAGUGUCCACAGUGCCACAAGGCCUUCGCCCGCGAGGACCACCUGCAGCGCCACCGCAAGGGCCACAGCUGCUUGGAGCUGCGCACGCGACGCCCACGUCGGGCAUCCGGCCUGGCAGCGCCAGGUGGUGAGGGUACCUCGGACGGAGGAGGAGGAGGAGGAGGAGCCGGGGGUGACCAGCAGGGGCAUCUGGAAUCCCCGCUCACGCUGCAGGCUCACCCACGCUCGUCCCCGGGCCUGGCACGCUCGUUGGUGUACCCCGACAGCGCGCAGCAUCUGCCCCUGCAGGCGCUGCCUCUGCUCGGGCACAGGAUGGCCGGCUUUGCCGCCCUGUGGCCGGGGAUGGGGGGUCUGCGGGAGGAAGGAGUCGGGGGGUCACAGUCACCCUCGCCUCAUCACAGCAGGCCCCCACUGCAAGGAUGGGAUGGAGUGGAGGACGAGGAGGAUGAGGAAGAAGAGGAGGGAGAGGACGAAGGAGAAGAAGAGGGGGAUGAGGAAGAGUGAAGAAGGAGGGCACUGAUCAUGUGUGGUGGCUAGAAGCAAAGUGUGUGUGUGUGUGUGUGUGUGUGUGUGUGUGUGUGUGUGUGUGUGUAUGUGUGUGUAUGUGUGUGUGUGCAUGGGAAUCCAUGCUGCUCUUUGCCCUCUUUAUGGUACUGUUCUUCCAUCAAGCUUGCCUCGACUCAGGCAAACUGACCUGUGAGAUGAAUGACUUAAAUGCGCUUAAAGUACAUGUGGAAAACAAACGGGUCUUUCUGAUCAUUAAUGUUUAUUUCUGGAUCUUGAUGCUUUUUUUUUUUGUUUCUUGAGCUUGUUUUCUGUUUUACGUUAGCUGGUUGGUUUUCUUUAAAUGUUUCAUUUGAUCUUUCUCUGUCAGAAUUAUUUUUGUUAAUAUAUGCUUGAGGCAUGGGGUAAGAAUGAUUUUCUUUUACUAUGCAAUCAUGUACAGGAGCAAUAGAGGGAACUAUAAAGAGGGACUCAUACUUAAAGUAAUGGCCUUUUGUAAUGUUGAGUGAAAGCGGACAGGAUUAUGCCAGGGCGUAACCCAUGUGUUGGCUGCCACCUGCUGGUGGAGUGGUGGUACUUGGAGUUCCACAGGAGAGAAGGUCACUCAUAACAAGGUGUACCUACAAGUAUGUGACAUCUUCUGCUUCUGCUAACAGUGGGAAUAACUCUAGAGUUUAUAUUAUCCACCUCAUAUUAGUCUUUCUGUAGGCUAACCUGCGUUGUAGCCAUGUACCAAAGAAAACAGUUAAGUAGAGGUUUAUUUAUCAAGAAGAAUAUAUGCAAAUUAAUUCUUUAAAGAUCAAAUCUGAUCAUGUCUAUCAGAAGUCACCACAUUCAGUCACCUGACACUCCAGAUCUGUCUCUGCAUUCCCUGGCUCUCAAGGGAUAUGAUGGUUGUGUGUGUAUCAUAAAGCAGAGGUUUUUAAUACAGACCAGAGUCUAUUUCCGAGGCUUAUGUAUGUGCGACCAAAACAUUUUUCUGGGUGGGAUGUCUGAGAAACAUCACCGAUGUUGUGUUUACGUUUUCUGUUGACAAAGGUUUGUUUUGAGCGGUGUUCAUCUAAUGAUGGUCUUCCAAAAGCACUCCAUCUUUUGUUUUUGCUUUUGUUAUUACAAAAAAGAAGGGAGAGAAAAACACAAGGAACGAAAAAGACAAAUAAUUACAUGAGCCCCCCUCUGCGUAAGCUAUUUAUUUAUUUAUUGUCUGGUAUUUAUUGUGGCUUUUCCACUUGAAAUUUAGAGUUUCAUUAGCGUAUGGUAUCUCAGCACACCCUCCACCUUUAGGCCUUUCCCCAUCUCCACUGCACAGACCCUGUGGCACGUGCCUAGUAGCCCUUUUGAAUCCAGUCUUAAGUUGAUCUUGUUGAAGUGCUGUUGCAAGCAGUGGCCACAAUGGCCUCUGCGUACUGUACUGAGGGACGAUGGGUGCCCUGCUAGCCAUAUUUAACCCCUUUUUGCAGUUUUUUGCACAUCGAACCCUUGUGAUAUAUACUGCAUUCCACCUUCAGGCCGCAGCUGAUGCUUAAGUGGAUGAAGCCCAACUCCACUCAGUCAGCUGAGUGCUGCUGCUUGGCCCCCAACCCUUCAAGGGGAAAAAGAGAAGAAAAGAUGGUGAAAGAAAUGGGACAUGGGUUUCGAGAGAACAACAGUUUGCCUUUUUGAAUAACACAAGAGUGGACAUAUAGUGUUGAAUGGAUUAUUAUUUUAAGAAUAUAAGAUAUAUAUUUAUAUAUAUACACAUAUAUAUAUAUAAAAACAUAUAUGCCUCAUGAGUCCAGCUUUUGAAAAUGAAUGAAGAUGUUGUGUUCCUCCCUUGCAUAUAGAUUCUGGCACUGCCCUAAUGCAGUUUUUGUUUGUUUUAGUGUGUUUGUUUAUAUGGUAAAAUCUCUCGAGUGAAAGCCUUUACUAUGACUGUUAACUUCAGGUGUCUCUCUCUGGCCCCAAAUGAUCUUGAAAGUAACCUUGAUUGAUUAGUGACAUACACAUUAUUCUGAGUGUGCUGGGUUUCACACAUUGAGCUGUGGAAGAAAUGACAUACUUACGUACAUACAUACAUACAUACGUUUGUUACUUUUGCUUUGUUUGUUAAAGAUGAAAGGGCCUUAGUUUGUUCUGCUGGCAGGGAUGCUUCCACAGCAGACUAGGUGAGCUCUGGACCAGAGGCAAAGGCCUGCUCUGACCUCGCCUCCCCCACUGAGAGGGACUCUCUGAUGUUCGAGUUUAUUUGCACUAAAACGAGAGCUUUAUGUCGUGGACUCAUGUCCCCUCAGACACCCAUUACAUGGCUUUACAAUAUCGGUUAUGAUUGUAAGAGAAGCAGAGUUCAUCUAACUGUAAUGAUCUAGAGGAAUAUCCAUUGUAGUUGUAUAGUAGGUUAGUCCACUUUAAAGAAAUUUAUGGUUGCUAUGUUUAAAAGGGUCAAGCUGCCUUGUUUUUUUUUUUUUUUUUUUUUGCAAAUUUACUCAGGAAAUCUUGAGCAAUGCACUAAGUGAUUAUGCAACAUUGAUGAGAGUAUGUAAAUAAGUAAGAACACAGCCUAAACACCCUUCAUUGUGAAAUCAGGUAGGCUACUAUGCUUCUGGAUUGUUUUGAUUUAGCAUGUUAUAUUUCAUUUCAAGGUAAUGAAGAUGUAAUAUGCAAUUAGAACCUGUAGGCUAUCAUGUUUUAGACAUUGGAGCCUAAAUCAUCAUGAAGGGUGUUCGGAUACUAUUUUACUAUGUGUGUAAAAGGACGUGUGAUCUAACAAUGCCAGCUGUGAAAAAGUAGGUGCUGUCUAGAAUUUGCUUUGCUUGGGUAUGCGGAUUGGGGUUCAGAUUUUGGAGGAACCCUCCUAUCAGGGAUAUUCUGUUUUAGUGGAUUCUCUCUCUCAGUGAUACAUAUUUUCCCCUCAGCAUUUAUUUCUCAUGUUGUAAAGAAAUGAAUAAAUAAAAAAAUAUAUAUUGA